UCACCCUUUCUAUGUACAGAUGAUCAAAGGGAGUCCCAGAGAAGGUGCAGGUGAGACAAACAGCUGGGAGAGCUGCCCAAGACACUUAGGGUCCUGGCAGAGAAAGGGAAGUCAGUCCAGUGGGCACAGGGUUCCUGGAAUCGGGAUCUGCAACCCAAGUUGGAGGUGCCCCACCCCCACCAUGUCACCGGGAGAAACUCUGGACCCGCUGCCUGACACCCUCAUUCUGCAGCCGCCAGUCUUCCACCCGGUGGUUCCUUACGUCACGACAAUCUUUGGCGGCCUGCGAGCAGGCAAGAUGGUCACGCUGCAGGGAGCGGUCCCUCUAGAUGCACGCAGGUUCCAGGUGGACUUCCAGUGCGGCUGCAGCCUGCACCCUCGGCCAGAUAUCGCCAUCCACUUCAACCCCCGCUUCCACACCACCAAGCCCCACGUCAUCUGCAACACCCUUCACGGUGGGCAGUGGCAAGCCGAGGCCCGGUGGCCCCGCCUGGCCCUGCAGAGAGGAGCCAGCUUCCUCAUCCUCUUUCUCUUUGGAAAUGAGGAGAUGAAGGUGAGUGUGAACGGACGACACUUUCUCCACUACGGAUACCGGCUCCCGCUGUCUCGGGUGGACACCCUGGGCAUAUAUGGUGACAUCUUGGUGACGGCUGUUGGGUUUCUGAACAUCAAUCCAUUUGUGGAGGGCGGGAGCGAGUAUCCAGUUGGACACCCUUUCCUGCUGGAGAGCCCCAGGCUGGAGGUGCCCUGCUCACGUGCCCUUCCCCGGGGCCUCUGGCCUGGACAGGUCAUCAUAGUGCGGGGGCUGGUCUUGCCAGAGCCGAAGGAUUUCACGCUCAGCCUGCGGGACGAGGCUGCCCAUGUUCCUGUGAUGCUAAGGGCUUCCUUCGCAGACAGAACUCUGGCCUGGGUCUCGCGCUGGGGCCAGAAGAAGCUGAUCUUGGCCCCCUUUGUCUUCUACCCACAGCGAUUCUUUGAGGUGCUGCUCCUGUGCCAGGAGGGAGGGCUGAAGCUGGCGCUCAAUGGGCAGGGCCUGGGGGCCACCAGCCUGGGCCAGCAGGCCCUGGAGCGGCUGCGGGAGCUGCGCAUCAGUGGCAGCGUCCAGCUCUACUGUGUCCACUACUGAGGAGGGAUCCAGAGGGCUGGCCAGAGAAGAGGAAGGCCCUCCUACACCCAGGAUGGCCCUGCUCUCCUCCUCUCAUUACAACAUCCACCUGUCACCUGGUGUCAGGCCUGGCUCCCUACUGGAGCCACCAGCCUGAGUCUGCAGGGGCUUUGGACUGUACAGCAGAGGGUAGGCACAAGAGUGUGAGGGUUCAGAAAUUCUGCAGCUCCCUCCACCAGGAGGCUGAGAUCUGGUUCUGCCUUCCUUCAGGGCCUAGACAAGGAAGCAGGCUUUGUACUCUAACGAAGAUAUCCCCAAAAAACAGUGGCUAAAAAUGUAGAAAUUUAUUUCCUUCCCAUCUAACAGUUCUGGAGAAAAUAGUCCGGGUCAGUAGGGCGUCUCUGCUCCAUGGACCUUAGGGGUCAUGCUAGUCAUCAUCCCACCAUCCCCGGGGCGUCAGCAUCACCUGCAUGCCAGAAGCUCUAGGUUUCAACCACUGAGAAGACAGAUAGAGAAUAUGGACAAGGUCCACCUGACAAGGUACGCCCCAGGCCUGGGCUUGGCAUACAGUGUUACGCUCGCGUCUCAGGGGCCAGCACGCAGAUACCCAGCCCCACUAUCUGCAAGGGAGGCUGGAAGUGUUCUCCGGCCGGAAGGCCACGUGAGCAGCCGCAGUUAUGCUACUGGGCUUCCCGGUACGUUUGGUUUUACUUACACCAUCUUAUUUUGUGCCAUCUAUUUACCAUUGCUAUUUUUUCCUUAUAAUUUCAGCUUUCUUGCUUGCUGUUGGAUUGAUGAAGUCUUCUUUAUCACCUCCUCUGCCUUUUUUUCUUGCAUUGACUUGGAAGUUAUGAAUUCCAUUUUACACUUCCAGUGGUUAUCCUUGAUCUUUAUUUUAUUUUCUUAUUAACACAAUAUAAUUGACUUUUGGGGGUGGGUAACAUUCUGAGUUUUAAUAUGUAUGAUGAUUUGUGUGACCACUUCCACCAUCAGGAUAUAUAACAACUCCAUCAUCCCCCAAAAUUCCCCUGAGUCACUCCUGUGUACUCACACCUCCUCCACUCCUUCCCCUAACCCCCGGCAACCCACUCAUCUCUUCAUUACCAUAUUUUGUCUUUUUGAGAAUGCCAUAUAAAUAGAAUCAUAUGGGGCAUGACCUUUUGAAACUAGUUUAUUUGAACCAGUAUUAUCCUUUUAAGAUUCAUCUAAGUUGCUGUGUGUAUCACCGACCCACUCCUGUUUAUUACUCAGUAGUAUUCCAUUGUACCACCAUUUGUUUAUCUGUUGACCCACAGAAGAACAUUUCAGUGGUUUUCAGUUUUUGAUAAUUAUGAAAAGAGCUGCUAAAAACAUUUGUUUGCAAGCCUUUGUAUGAACAUGACUUUUCAUUUCUUUAGGGUUAAUUCCUACUAGUGGAAUUGAUGGGUCAUAUGGUAAAUGUAUGUUUUAACUUUAUAAGAAACGGCCAAGCUAUUUUCCAGAGUUGUUUCGGAAUAUCUUUGGGAAUUUGGCAUUCCCACCAGGAAUGUAUCAGAUUUCCAGUUGUCCUGUCUUCUCAUCGGUACUUGUUAUUGUCAGUGUUUUUAUGUUAGCCAUCCUCACUGGCGUGUAGAGGUAUCCCAUUGUGGCUUUGAUUUGUGUUUCCCUUAUGGCUA